AUGUCAUCCUCAAGCGGUACAUCGUCUUCUUCGUCCAGCGAAGCAGAGGCAGAUCACGCAUCAUGCGAUGAUGAGGAGAGCGGCCAAGACGAAAUUCCUUUUCACCAACGAGUGGACAACGAUGCACGGCCAGCAGAUGCCGACAAUCAGCUCAUUGCCUACAUGUGGACGCUCUCACGAGCAGAUCCGGCUGUGAGCAGGGAACAGCUCUUGGAGGCCGUGCUGAAAGCUUACGAAGCGUGCCGUCUGACGGUGACCAAAGCUUCGGUGUUUAGGGAACGGCAUCCCACGUCCUUAUCGGAAAUAGAGCGUCACUUCCAUUUUCAUUGCAUUGUGGAGGCAACAGUGCGUGCCAGAUGGCGAGGUCUCGCUGCAGAGCUCCGCAACAACGGUUUUAAGAUGAACUGUUGUUCUCUUGGGCUUGGCCGAGGAACUUAUUGGUCCGGAGUGGCAUAUUGUUUUGUGCCUUCUUCCAAGAAACCGCUUGCCGAUCUUGACACGGAAUACAUCACGACCCCUGGUCAUCCAGAUUUUCCGCCACGGCUUCGCAAGCAACGCCGUCCUGCCAAGCAAAAGAUAGAACCUCUGGAAUUUGCCAAGAUCGUCGCAGAUCAGAAGCUUCGAAGUGUGGAAGACGUCCAUGCUUAUGCUGAGGCUCAACGUGCUGCAGGAUGGGGUUUACAGGAACGUUUGCAGAGACUCUUUAACAUGUUUGAAAGCUGGAUUCAGUGUCAGGCGCCAACCAGACGAGCUCGACGAGCCAUGUCACACAUGCAAGUCCUAGAGGCUGCCCUGGAGAAACCUUGCACAUGUGAUGGUCGCGCAAUUCCUGGCUGGGAAUAUGUGCUCACCUUCAACGAUCUGAGCGUCAGCGACUACCGUGCUGCUACUGUCAAGAUGCUGACGGAGCAAGGCGGGAAGCAAGGCAACCACUUCUACUGGGGCGCGCCUUCUUGUGGAAAGACGGCAUUGACGCGUCCUUUGCAAGCGCUCUUCGAAGGAUAUGUGAUGGCCAAGCCCCAAGUCGGCACCACCUUUCCCUUUAUGACAUUGCCCGGCAAACAAAUCUGUAUAUGGAAUGAUUUCCGGUGGCCGCAUCCGCCGAUGGCUUGGAACGAUCUGCUCAACUUAGCGGAUAAUGAAGCUUUCCUUGUGGCCAUGCCCAAGGGGGGCGAUCUGGGUGCCGAUUAUUUGUGGAAUGCUCGAGGCACCGAGUCCGUCUGCAUGGUCUUGACGUCCAAUGAGCCGACGAUUUUCUGCACCAAUGGCUCGGUUAACCAUGUUGAAACCGAGGCUUGGAAUCAGCGCUUCCAGACUUGGCAUUUCGCGAAAUCAAUCCCUGCCGACAAGCAGGAUCGCCGCUUCAAGCAAUGGGGCCAGUGCGUGCAUUGCUACAGUCGUCUGAUGGAGAGGGAGAGAUACUCGUAUCACCGAACGAGUAGACGUUCUCAGACAUUCGCACUCGACGCUUCUGCUUGCUCGACAAAAUUACGUGAAGUGCACACUUCCCGUUGUGAGUCCAAGGGUUAA